CUGGUAGUGGUCUAGUCCAGAGUUUGGUUGCUGUCUGCUGUCUGCCCUGCAUCAACUCCCCAUCAUCUUCUUCCUUUUCCAGUGACCGCUUCUCCUUGUCUUCCUCGAUCACAUCCUCGACAGAGACUAGCAGCUCGUUGGCAAAUACCCAGGACAGUUUUUUGUGUGCUGUCUCGCAACCAACUCGUCUACAUUCGACACACUCCUUUGCGUGCCACUCGUCUCUGCCUAGCAGCCAUACAGCGACUUUUCUCGGUUCCCGCAUCCAACAGCUCUUCAGGCUUGAAAGGUGCGGUUGUUGACUCGAAAGACAGAGUGUAUUGCCCAAUCUCUGCAGCCUUUUUCUUCCACUGUAAGUCGUGUUCGCCGAACCAGAGAGGCAGACAGACACUUUGUAGUCCUAAUCCGAUAAGCCCCGUGGAUCCACGACCCCCCGCUUGUGUUCCACGCAAACUUUAGCUGCGUCGAAUACCAACUUUCUCCCUGUCAACACUCGCUCCUCUCACCUUCACACCAACCCGUUUUCCAUCCCGGACACGGUAUCCAGACAGCAACCAUGGAAGGCUCUCCGGACAUCAACACUGUCCUCACCAACUCGCUGAGCCCUGAUGGCGCGCUCCGUAAUGCCGCUGAGCAGCAGCUCAUCCAGGCCGCCGAGCAAAACUUUUCACAAUACCUCCUGACGCUCGUCCAAGCGUUGGCGAAUGAAAAUGCCGAAGGACAUAUUCGAGCCGCCGCCGGUAUCGCUCUCAAGAACGCCUUCAGUGCCCGCGAGUUUGCCAGACAACAGUCUUUACAAGCGAAAUGGCUGAACCAGACCGACCAAGAAACCAAGACCCGCGUCAAGCAGCUGGCUCUCGAGACGCUUUCCUCCACAAAUGCCCAGGCCGGCCAGGCUUGCGCUCAGGUCGUCGCUGCCAUCGCGGCGAUCGAGCUGCCCCGUGACCAGUGGCCAGAUCUUAUGGCGUCUCUUGUCCGCAACGUCAGCGAAGGCAGUCCCCACCAGAAGCAGGCCUCCCUUACAACCAUCGGGUUCAUCUGCGAGAGCCAAGAUCAGGAUCUGAGGAACAGCUUGAUUGCCCAUUCGAACGCCAUCUUGACGGCAGUAGUACAGGGUGCUCGCAAGGAGGAGACCAACCUCGAGGUCCGUCUCGCUGCCAUCACCGCGUUGGGUGACUCCCUCGAAUUUGUCGGAAACAAUUUCAAGCAUGAAGGCGAGCGCAACUACAUCAUGCAGGUUGUCUGCGAGGCCACCCAGGCCGAGGACUCUCGGAUUCAGCAGGGUGCUUAUGGCUGCCUGAACCGCAUCAUGGCUCUCUACUAUGAGAACAUGCGGUUCUACAUGGAGAAGGCUCUGUUUGGCCUUACCAUUCUGGGCAUGAAGAGCGAUGACGAGGAUGUUGCCAAGUUGGCGGUUGAGUUCUGGAGCACAGUAUGCGAGGAGGAGAUUGCCAUUGAAGAUGACAAUGCCCAGGUCGAGAGCUCCGAGCAGAUGCGCCCAUUCUACAACUUCAGCCGCGUUGCCACCAACGAGGUCGUCCCUGUUCUCCUCGCCCUGCUCACCAAGCAGGACGAGGACGCUUCAGACGACGAGUACAACAUCUCGCGUGCCGCCUACCAGUGCUUGCAGCUCUAUGCCCAGUCGGUUGGAGCUGCUAUUGUCCCUCCAGUUAUUGCGUUUGUCGAGGCCAACCUCCGCCACGACGACUGGCAUUACCGUGAUGCCGCCGUCUCUGCCUUUGGUGCUAUCAUGGACGGUCCGGAAGAAAAGACCUUGGAGGGGAUUGUCAAGUCAGGAAUGGGCCCUCUCAUUGCCAUGAUGGAUGAUCCUUCCAUCCACGUUAGGGAUUCGACCGCUUAUGCGCUCGGCCGUAUCACCGAGACCUGCGCCGAUGCCAUUGACCCUACUCAGCACCUGGAUGCUCUGAUCCGCUCGCUCUUCAACGGUCUUAUGAACACUCCCAAGAUGGCCGCUUCUUGCUGCUGGGCCCUGAUGAACAUUGCCGAGAGAUUUUCUGGUGACGGCGAUUCCGCUCAAAACCCCUUGACUCCUCACUUCAACCAGAGCGUCACAAACCUGCUUGCUGUCACCGGCAGAAUGGACUGCGAGGCUUCCGUCAGGACUGCUGCCUAUGAGGUUCUGAACACGUUCGUGCGCAACGCUGCCAGCGAGAGUCUCCAGGCUGUCGCCUCUCUUUCCACCGUUACCAUCGAGCGAUUGGAGGGCACCAUCCCAAUGCAGGCCCAGGUCGUCAGCAUUGAAGACAAGAUCAUCCUCGAGGACAUGCAGACCAGUCUCUGCACCGUCCUCCAGGCCAUCAUCGAGCGCCUGGACAAGGAGAUCGCUCCUCAGGGUGACCGUAUCAUGCAGUGCCUGCUCCAGAUUCUGAGCAGCGUCAACGGAAAGUCUAGUGUACCCGAGGGCGCUUUCACAACCAUCAGCAGUCUUGCCAAUGCGAUGGAGGAGGACUUCGUCAAGUACAUGGAUGCCUUUUCUCCAUUCCUUUACAAUGCUCUUGGCAACCAAGAAGAGCCGGGUCUCUGCUCGAUGGCUAUUGGCCUCGUCAGCGACAUCACACGGUCCAUGGGCGAGCGCAGCCAGCCUUGGUGCGAUAACUUCAUGAACUACCUGCUGAACAACCUCAGGAGCACUGCUCUUGCGAACCAGUUCAAGCCUGCCAUCCUCCAAUGCUUUGGCGAUAUUGCUGGCGCUAUUGGUGGCCACUUUGAGACAUACCUCUCCGUCGUUGCGCAGGUAUUGCAGCAAGCUGCUACCGUCACCGCCGGCGCCGAGGGCUCCUAUGAAAUGUUCGACUAUGUCAUCACCCUGAGAGAAGGCAUUAUGGAUGCUUGGGGUGGCAUCAUCGGAGCCAUGAAGUCUGGCAACAAGACCGCUGUCCUCGAGCCAUAUGUUCAGUCAAUCUUCGAGAUGCUGAACGUCAUCGCCAACGAUGCUAACCGCAGCGAAGCUUUGAUGCGGUCUGCCAUGGGUGUCAUCGGUGAUCUUGCCGAUGCUUAUCCUAAUGGCCAGCUGGUCGAAGCUUUCCGCGCGGAUUGGCUUACCGCCAUGAUCAAGGAGACGCGCCAGAACCGCGAGUUCCAGCCCCGUACCAUUGAGACUGCUCGCUGGGCCCGCGAACAAGUCAAGCGUCAAAUCGGCGGCGCUCAGGGCAUGAUGUCGCAAACAUGAAGCACAAAAUAAUCUUGGCCAGCAAGGAGCUGCCAUAUCCUCCCCUCCCUUCCUUUGAGUGCCGAGACCCAUCUGCGUCGGCCCCAGUGGCACCCGACAGUCUGUUCAGCAGUAAAGUGGCCCCGUCAACCUCCCCCCCCUCCCCGAUCCCCCUAAGCAGCGCAACCUCUGACGACACGGCACAACACAAUUCUUACCACACCACACACAUCACAUGGACGAGUACCGAGAUGCACAGGCGGUGUAUAUAGAUCCCAUUACACUAUUAAUUCGGACAUCAUACCCCUAGAAGACACUACACUAUUUUACCGUAUCUUUGCGACUGCUGGCACUGUUUCACCCCUUUUUUUUUUUAAUCUUGUUUGUUUCUGGGACGGCAUAGAGCGAUAUCAUGUACUUGUUCCAUGUUUCCAACGGGUAGGGGCAUGGAGCAUAUGACACCAUCAUGUAGAGUUUUUUAUUCAGCGCAUUAUUACCCAAAAGGCGGCGGCGGCGGAACGGAUGGCUCAAAAACCGGUUCAAGUGGACAGGUUCUGGAGUUUGGAUGGGAGGUCAAAGGAAACGAUGAUAGCGGAAUUCGAAUGCAGGUUGACAUACACAUGGAGUUUUGAUCAUGAUCUAAGCAAUGCAUGUAUUGCCAGGACCGCUACUCAACACGCAGUACAAGAAGAGCAGCAACAACACACCAAGAAAAGCACCUAGCGUGUCGAUUUUGUCAUCAUGGCUUUGCUCGACAUGAAUGGCGGGAGGGUGGAAAUCGGGAAACGGAUCUAUACCAACCGUUUUCUUUUUGCUUUGGCGGACCUUUUGUCGAGUGACGAAUGGUUUUUGCUAUUGUGAUUACGGAUUAGGUAGACAGAGAGCUAGGAAUGAGAAGUUACCCCUAACAAAUAGGAUGAGGCUGGCUGUGUGAUGUGACUGCUGUUGUGUGUAUGAAUACCA